AUGGUACACAAUACAGCUAGUGCUACUCAAGUAGACAUCUCAGCACUUGAGUUUGCGGGAAGCUUUGAAGGAUGGGGUGCUCAUAAGAGGGUUCUUCCCAGUAUUCUGGUCUUGACGGAAGUGUGCAACCUUUGGCAGGCUCUUCCCAAUAUUCUGGCGGGAUCCUGUUCCAGCCAUCCAGAGAUGGGAAGGGGAGAAGGAGAUGAAGGACGCCCUUGGGACACGAAUCUGGCGCCUGUGGUGAAAGUACCCACACAUGAGCAGGUACAGCGAUUGGCAAUGAGGGAUCCUCCUCCUGCAAUUUGGGCUGUGGAACAGGCGAUUUGGUUGGGCGGCGAGAGUGUGGAACAUCUCGGUGGCAAGGUCCAAAUCCUCGACAAGGAGACCAUUUUCUCAGCGUCCACCGCAGUGGAUGCUUUGAACAGAGGGAGCUUGAAAUGCCCAGAUGACUUUUGCGUCGUGUACUCUGCAUCCAGCCGAGGCUACUACUUGCUCUACAGGCAAGGCCUGUGUGAGAAAGCAAUGACCUUGGUCCAGGAGAUGCAGCCCCCAUCCAACGGGCGGGAGCUUACCAGAAGCCAGAAUGUGGAGCCGCAAGGGCCGCCCGAACCCCGGCGCCUUGAGGAAAUGGCUGUGGAGAUUAUCGAGCUGGCAGAACAUGAUCAGCCCUUCAAGGCCGAGGAGCUGAUGAUGACGGCCCUUGAAAUGGGUCCAGUUCCAGAGGCGUAUGACUCCUUGGUCAUGGCUUUCGAUCGAAUGGAGAAUGUGCCCAAGGCGGAGGAGUGGCUUUGGCGAGCUUUGCAGUCGGGUAUUCUUCCCCGCGAGGAGUGCUUCGGGACGGUGAUCGUUGGUCUUUGCAAGACUGGAUUCCAAGGGAAGGUGGAAGACACCAUGACUCAGAUGAUGCAGAUGCGCAUGAGGCCACCCAAGGAGGUCUUCGACAAAGUCAUUGGGAUGUUUGCAAGGCAGCGCAAUCCCGUGAAGGUGGAGGAGUGGCUCCUCAAUGCUGGCCAGUCAGGUUGGACGCCACAUCAAGCUGCCUUUGAAGCGGUGGUGAAACUGUAUGCUGAGUGUGAUACCAUGAAGGCGGAGGAGUGGUUGAGGCGAUCGCAGGAGACGCAGUACCGGCUGCCCGAUACGUGCUACUAUCCGGUGAUCAUGGGCCUGCUCCGCAGUGGCAAUCCGCAGAAGGCUGAAGACGUGCUGUCGAUGAUGAAGGCAAACGACUUUCCAGUCGAUGAUGCAGUGCUUCACGAGGUCAUUGCGCUCCAUGCAGAGGUGGGCAACUGUAUACGUGCGGAAAACCUGAUGGAUACGCUCCAGCAACCCAGUAGCAACUUGGAUGACUUGCGCUUGGGCAUCAUCGACAGUGCCGUACGCGCAGGUGAAAUUGAAGUGGCGGAGAGACAAGUCCUGCUGUUGGCGGACCCUGAGAUCAGCCGGACCAAGCAGGUCGCAGCGGUUCUGUCUGAGGCUGGCGACGAUCUCAGGGCCAAAGCGGUACUGGAGAAUCAUUGUGCCGUGAGUGGUGAAGCUCCUCCGGACAUUUGCACCGCCCUGUUACAGGUCUGUGCUGCUCUGGGAGAUGUGCGAGGGGCAGAGGCCUCAGCUCAGCUGCUGCUCCAAAGUGGGCCUCUGAGUGAAGCACAGGUGGCCUUGAUUCGGCAAACCCUUGGGGAUCGGGCUGAAGCCCGGAUCCCGGAUCCCCUGCAAUGGAGCCACAUGAUGCCACAUGGAGAUGUGUCAGGCAGCCGCCCCUGCAACGAGCAGAGGCCAACACACUCACAACCUUUGGUGAACGGGGCACACCCGGAGCUGCACUUUAAGCCUUCUUCCAAGCAGGUUUUCUCCACCAGCUGCCACGCGCUGCCACUGCUGGCGGCUGGCGCCUUCAGUGCACUGCUCCUGCGCCAGGCUGCACAACGCUUCGGCAGCAACGACUCUGCCCUUCGUGAUUUGAUUGCCCGACACACCAAUAUAGAGAUCGUCGAGGACUACAACUCGCCACCAUCAGAGGCCUCGCCAUUUGUUCCGAAGCCCGUGUGCAGCGCUGCCACAGGAGAGGAGCUUCAUUGGUACGUGGGAGGAGCCACAGAAACGUUGCCCAAGGUGCGAUGGAUCAUCAAGAAACCAUCAGUCAUGCAGCGUGUUCUUCUUGAAGGAGGUCUUGGCUUCGCGGAGUCGUACAUGGAUGGCGAUUGGGACAGCGAUGACUUGGAGAGACUGGUCUUCGAAAUGCUGAAGCUGGAAAAUGUCCGGAGCGAAUUGGGAUGGCGCGUGCUGCCGCUGGUCAGCAUGAUCUUCUGGGGUGCCUUGAAGUGGAAAGUCUUCCCUGGCAAUUCCUUGACUGGCGCCCAGAACAACAUCGCCAAUACCUAUGACGUCUUGGACUCACCAAAGCUUUACGAGAAGAUGUUGGGACCGACUAUGCAGUAUACCUGCGCCUACUACAAACGACCUGACAUGACACUGGAUGAAGCACAGGAGGCCAAGAUGGACUUGAUUGCGCAGAAACUGGAUCUCAAACCUGGCAUGCGCUGUUUGGAGUUCGGAUUCGGCUUUGGUGCGCAGGCGUACUACUUGACAUCCAAGUAUGGUGUGCAUGUGACCGGAGUGACCCUGUCCAAGGAGCAGAUGGCCUGGGCUGUCAAACACAAUGCUCAUCCGAACAUCGAGUACCGCUACCAAGACUAUCGUGAAGUCACUGGAACAUUCGAUCGCAUCUAUUCAGUGGGCAUGUUUGAGCAUGUGGGGCGUAACUCCUAUAGCACCUUCUUCGACAAGUGCUACGAGCUGCUGAAGGACGAUGGCAUCAUGAUGAUCCACACCAUGGGCUGGGCGCGUCGUGGGCCCUGGAAUCACAACGCGUUUGUCAACAAGUACAUUUUUCCUGGUGGAGAGAUGCCAACGAUGUCGCACAUGACACAGGAGUUCAGUGACAGAUGGCACAUGGAAGACUGGCAAAGUUUCGGCAAGAGCUACGUCAUGACCUUGCGGUGUUGGUUGGAUUUGGUGAGAGAUUGGGAGGGCCUGGACGAACUUGAUCUGCGUUUCAGACGGAUGUGGGUCUACUAUCUCUGUGCCUGUUCUGCUGCCUUUGAACGACGGAGAGUGAAAUUGUGGCAGAUUGUGUAUACCAAGCUGAACAGCAGCCGUCCGGACGAUUGCCUGCACAUUCGAUCUGCUGAUUCACGUGCGCUGGUGGGAGCUGAUGCGGUCUGA